ACAUCAUCCGCUCCCGCUGCGAGCGAGAGUGGAAUGUUUUUCAAAACUGAUCCGCGAAACCGACGGAACGCGAACGCGAUGCUCGCGCAUCAUCCAUCGAAUCCACCCGCAGCCAGUCAUCCACAGCAACAGUGAGAAAAAGAGAGUGCUUUUUGGAGCUGUCUGGUGCGAACGCGAACAAACUGAACCUGUUUCCAGAGCCACCAGAAUGUCAAAAGUGACGACGAAGUCGACGAGAGAGUGAAAUGAUGUCAGUCGUUGAUGGUCGCGGAUUGCGGAAAAUUUAUUUGCAUUUUAUCGAGUUGUGAUCGGGAAAUUGGCCCGGCGGGUGUGCGCGUUUGGUGCUCGGUGAGGCGCUUGUCCGCGCGGUGAUUCUGUGGGCCCUCGGGGCGCGCUGCAAAAUGUCGAAACAUGAUCGUGCGAAAUCGGGUGGCUUGCUGGAUACGCUGUUCUUCGGCCGACCGCACAAGAAGGGCGGCCGCGGCGGUGGUGGUUCUAGUGGGUAUGGCGGGGGGAGUGGUGGGCUGGGGGGUGCUGGUAGUGGCCACGGCGGCAGUAUGAAUGGGGGCCGUCCGCUGUCCGGCACGGAGUCGGAUCUGCCCAAUCUGGAGGAGAUCAGCAACGCGGUGAAGCGAAUGACGGAGGCGGAAGUGAAUCAGAAGUUUCUCGAGAUUCUCGAGGACAUGAAUAUUCCGAAGGAUAAACGGGACCCGCUGCUGCUGAAGCCGCUGGACGAAAAGCGGAAAAUGAUUCUGAUGCACAUGAAAGGCAAAAACAACACCGAGCAUCGUGCCAACUCGCGUUUCGAGAAGCCCAUCGACUACAUCCAGUAUCUUCAGGAUGGCGAUUUUAACAGUCGGAUUCCCAAAAUUCUCCAAUGUGUGGAAAAUCUUCGGGUGGCACUUACCAGCAAUCCCAUCAGCUGGAUCAAAGAGUUCGGUGAAACGGGGAUCGAUGUGAUCGUGAACUUGUUGCGGCAUUGCAAGUCCAUGCCGCGGCGAUUCGAUAAGGUCGAGUAUGAGUGUUUACGGUGUUUGAAAGCGAUCAUGAAUAACUCGUGGGGUUUGAAUGUUAUUCUUACUCCGGAUCAACAUGCGGCAGUGAUGUUGCUAGCACAAUGUGUUGAUGCCAGUAAACCUCACACCAUGUGCGAGGCGGUCAAACUGCUAGCGGCCAUCUGUUUGGUCAAAGAACGGAACGGGUACGAAAAGGUGUUGAAGGCGAUCACGAAUAGCACCAUGAUGGCGCGGCAGGGGACGGAUCGGUUUCGGCCGAUCGUGGAAGGGUUGUUUUUGGAACACGAUCGGAAUUAUGAGCUGACGAUCAAUACGAUGAUCUUUAUCAAUUGUAUAAUAAAUACACCAUCGGACAUCAACUUCCGGUUGCACCUGAGGUGCGAAAUGAUGCGAGCUGGUCUGCACGAUCGGCUGGAUCAGCUGACGGAAAUGGUCGAGAAGAGCAACAAUGAGAAUCUGGAGAAGCAUUUUAAGAUAUUCAACGCCUUCCGGGAGGAUGACUUUGAGGAGUUCAGCAAUAGAUUCGACAACGUUCGGUUGGAUCUGGACGAUAUGAAUGAGUGCUACGAGUUGUUAAAGAAUCUGGUGGUGGAUACGAGUUGUGAACCCUACUUUUUGUCAAUUCUUCAGCAUUUACUGUUUAUAAGGGACGAUUACGUUUAUAGGCCGGCCUUUUUCAAGUUGAUAGAAGAAUGUGUGUCGCAAAUUGUUCUCCAUAAAAGUGGUGUAGAUCCUAAUUUCGAAAGUAGAGACUUCCACAUAGACACGUCCACGUUACUGGAAGACAUGGCAGAGAAGAGCCGACAGUUGGAAACCAAGAAGAGUGAAGACUUUGAAAAACGAAUGGAAGAGUUGCAGACGGCGAAGCAGGAAGCGGAAGCCCGGGCGGCUGCCUUGGAAGAUCGCCUGAAGGAAAUUGAAGCCACCGGCGUCGUGUCUCCCAAAGGGAAGAGCAAACUACCUCAGAUUAAUAUUCCUCCUCCACCUCAAAUGCCCGGAAUGGGACCCCCGCCGCCACCGCCGCCUCCUGGGAGCGGAGGAGGCAUGCCACCACCGCCCCCACCACCAAUGAUGCCUGGUGUUCCGAUGCCACCGCCUAUGCCCGGAAUGGGUGGCGCUCCAAGACCUCCUCCUCCGAUGCCGGGCAUGGGCCCGCCACCACCACCGAUGCCCGGUAUGGGACCACCAAUGCCACCAGGUAUGCGACCAAUGGUCCCCAUGGUCGCACCGUUACCACAUGGCCUGAAACCGAAGCGGAAAUGGGACACGGACGGUCCAAUGAAGCGAGCGAACUGGAAAGCCAUCAUCCCGCAGAAACUAUCGGAAAACUCCUUCUGGGUGAAAGUGCAGGAGGAUAAACUAGCGGACGAUGAGAUUCUUUCCGGGCUGGCCAUGAAGUUCUCCUCCAAACCGAUGAAACAGGCCGAUAAGGAUUCCGUCGAUCGACCGCCCUCGUCCAAGAAGAACGUCGAUCUCCGAGUGCUUGACGGAAAGGCGGCGCAGAAUUUGUUGAUCCUGUUGGGCGGCUCCCUAAAGCAUCUGUCCCAUGAACAAAUACGAACGUACCUUCUUCGCUGUGACACGACGAUUCUGGGGCCUAAUGUUCUGCAACAACUGAUACAAUAUCUGCCACCGCCGGAUCAACUGAAGCGGCUACAGGAGAUCAGGGCCAGAGGGGAAGAACUGGCUGCACCGGAAGCAUUUGCCGCCACUAUUGGGGAUAUCAAGCGACUAGGGGCGCGAUUACAGAGCCUUAACUUCAAACUGAGCAUGCCGGAUCUGAUGCAGGACUGUAAGCCGGAUAUCGUGGCUGGAACGGCUGCCUGUGAGGAAGUUAAAAACAGCAAGAAGUUUGCGAAGGUGCUGGAGUUGAUUUUGCUUCUUGGGAACUAUAUGAACUCCGGUUCGAAGAAGGAGGCUGCCUUUGGGUUCGAGAUCAGUUUCCUACCCAAAUUGAGUAGCACGAAAGAUUACGAGAAUAAGCAAACGUUGCUUCAUUACAUUGCGGAUGUUGUGGAGAAGAAGUUUCCGGAUGCGCUUACCUUCAACGAGGAUCUUUCCCAUGUGGACAAAGCCAGUAGGGUCAGUUUGGACAAUAUCCAAAAGACGAUGCGUCAGAUGAACAGUUCCUUAAAGAAUCUUGAAUCCGAUCUGAACAAUAACAAAAUCCCUCAGAGCGACGACGAUCGGUUCAUGGAAGUAAUGGGCUCGUUUGCUAUCGAGUGUCGGAAACAGGUAGAACUGCUGGGAAAGAUGCUUUCCCAAAUGGAGACCCUAUUCCAGAGCCUCUCGGAGUAUUACUGUUUCGAUCCGGCCAAGUACACCAUGGAGGAAUUCUUCACCGACAUUCGCACGUUCAAGGAUGCCUUCGUGCAGGCCCACACGGAGAACAUCAAAAUUCGGGAAGAGGAAGAGAAGCGACGGCGCACCCAAGAAGCCAAGGAACGCUCCCAGCGGGAACUGCAGGAACGCCAACAGCGGAAGUUGGCCCUGGUGGACAUCGAUGCCGUCCAGACGCAGGAAGGCGUUAUGGAUAGUUUGCUGGAAGCGUUACAGACGGGUUCCGCCUUCGGCAAUCGUGACCAACGGAGGCGGCGAGGACCGCGACCGGCCGGUGCCGAACGGAGAGCACAACUGAAUCGAAGUCGGUCGCGGACCGGCAUUACCGCGAAUGCCUUUUCCAGUCGGGAAAUGCUUUCGGAGCUGCUGGGGCCGGCGUAAGUUUUAAUAGUUCAAGGUAUCUUGUCGUGUACAUAUCGUAUAGUGCGUGAGGUCGAACUACUUAUAGUUAUAUCGAUAGAAUAAAAGGUAACAUUUUAAAACGGGGGUUCGAAAAUCGGAGAAUAGGCGGUCAAAAUUUGCAUUUUCGUUAUUUUUUUCUAUGUGCUAAAGAAGUCGGUUGGGUUAAUUAGAAAAUUAUCUUCAAGACAUGUCGAUGAAUCUUAUUCGCUAUUUUGCUCUAUUUCGACUUAUUUCUCAUUUUUUUUUAUUUUAAAUACUUUUUUUUUCAAUGUGGUUGGGUCAUUCCAAUUCAAAUCGAUUGGCAUUAAUUGUUUCUAACGGUACUCGAACUGCAUUAUGAAAUUAUCCCUUAGUUCUUCUUCCCGAUUUAUCUGGGAUGCUUCACUUUUCUUAUUCUUUUUACUAAACAUCGGAUGGGAAAUCUGUUAAACAAACACCUGAGAACAUGGUGGACUGAGGCCACCUUCAACGGCAAGACUACUACUCGACCGCCCUAAACCAGGACCUGCAGGAGAGACGAUGGGUUUGCGGCAAGCGGUAGGGUGGUCGGGAAGUAGUUUGACCAUUAUCACUUCCUCAAGUAACCAAAAGUUUCGCUUUCCGUGACAAAAUACACGUUCAAUUUCCACAAAGUUCAGAUACAGCUCCGUAUUGAACUUCUGACUGCUUAAGAGACUCACAUUGACCGUGCUAGGUAUUGCGCACUGAAAUUAUAGUAGGCUCAUUGUUAGCCUCUUAGGCAGCUUGAAAGCAACUUAUAAUGCUUCCUGGCAUAUACCUCAGAGCAAGUCUCAGAGUUAUUCGGUAUUAUUAAUACCACUAUACUGCCGUGAAUCGCAUAUCUGUCUCAUUUGCAUAGGAAAUCCAGCAAAGAUGGGACUGAUAUGCGAUUCACGGCAGUAUAGCUUUGGAGGCUCUCUUGCAGGCAUGCGAGUAACUACAGCGAUUUGCCGGUUCUGAAGCGGCUCUCAUGUCAUGUCAACUGCUAUCAACUAUUAUGUCUUGUCUUAAGACUCCCACUUGGGAGCAUCCGUAAACAUUCACUUUUUCAAAAAGCAUGGAGGUUGUACGAGCUUUUCUCACCAACAAUGGAAUAAUAGUGACUAAUUAGGAUUUUCAAGGAUGGCAUUACCCCUUGUUAUAUACUUAACGAACGCAGAAUGAAUAACAAUACCAAAACAUAGUUUUGGUUCGAAUUGUGUAACUCGAACGCAGCACAAAACUAAUGCAUACUAAAAUAUGCAACUAAUAUAGAAACGCAGUAUUGGUAGAAAGGUCUAAAACUGGAAAUAGAAGACUAUACAAAAGAAUCGAUCGACUAAGAGCCUAUAAGAGUGUGUGCGUGUUCUAAUGGCGCUUUCAUGCUACAGAACCACCAUCGCAUUAAAUAAUACGGUGCCUAAAAAGAAAACACAAUGUAUUGCAAAAAAAAAAAACAAAAACUUCAAACGCUUCUUUCAACACAAAAGACAAUUCCAAUUGGGGUGAGAUAUGAGUAAACAUUGUUCAACAAAACGAUUAGUUUAAGCAUAAUGCGCAUUGUUGCUUGGCAAAGUUGUUUAAGUAGCUGCACACUGGCGAGCAAAAAAAAAAAUGCCCAAAUAGCAAUGUUGCUUUAUACAUACAUACACAAAUAACGACUUUUUCAUCUAAUGGUGAACAAAGAUGCCGCUUAGGGUAGAAGAAAGCAGUUCUGUAACAUACAAGUGAUAAGCGUAUUCAAUACUUAUACAUACAUUUUGAGUAGAUAUAUUUUCUGAGGAUUAUACAUAGUUGCGUACUGGUAAAUUCAGUAUGUGCGUACAUUUUUUGUAGUUUCUUUUUAUUAUUAUAUAUUAUGUAAAUAUCUAUAAGACCAUUAAAACAUGUUAUUGCAUUUUGCGAA